AAUUUAAUUGCCAUUGGAAGUGCAACAGGUUAUUGAGUUAGAAAUUUAAAUAGCUGGAAUAAUUAUUGAGUUGUGUAGGUUUGAAACUAAUUACAGUAGCAAGCAACUUUAUAUUCAAGGAUUUGAGAGCACUAAGUAACUAGGGCGUGAGUAGGUCCUCAUGCGUAUUAACGCGGUCGCCUUUGUGACUUAGUUGGCAGGCAUGAGUUGUACCAACGAGUCUGUUUCUGUGCUGUAUAAUUCCUUGAAUACACAGUAAAUGAGUGGGUACAGAGACUUGGAGGCAGAAGAAUCUGGGAGCGCAUGCCCCACUGAUGUUUUUAAGUGUGGAAGAUAAUUAGAAAAGGCAAUUAAAGUCAUACAGGUGGGUUUUCUAUAUAGCUAAGGCAUAACUCAAAAUAGGAAGAAGUUUUUGUUAGAAUUCACUUCAUUAUUUGCAAGGCUGAUACAUAUUUCUAGUCAUCAGAAUCAGGCUUAUCACUGAAAAAAGUCAUGAAAUUUGUGGCAGUAGGACAGUGCAAUACAUGACAAUUACUAGAAAGUACAAAAAGGAUAUAUAAAAACUAAAUAGUACAAAUGUUCAUGGUUUCAUGGAUCAUUCAGUAAUCUGAAGGCAAAGGGGAAGAAGCUGUUCCUAAAAUAUUGAAGGCACAUCUUUAAGCUCCUGCACCUCUUCCCAGAUGGUAGUAAUGAGAAGAAAGCAUGCCCUGGCUGCUGUCUUCGUGAGGCAUGGCCUUUUGAAGAUGUCCUCAAAGGUGGAGAGGCUAGUGCUCAUGGUGGAGCUGGCAGAGUCUGAUCCUGUGUAUUGAGGCCUUGAUGUAAACUGUCAGUAAGCUCUCCCCAGUACUUCUGUAAAAAUUUGUUAGAAAUCAUUUUGCAGGAAAAAUGUAAUCACUGAUUAACUACAGGGGAAAUUUACAAGGAGGUUUAGGUUAUAAGGAAAAUUGGAUGGCUAGAGUUUUUAUCCUUUCUGAGAGAAGUAAGAUCAAAUAGGAAUUUGAGAGGGAUUUUCUUAUUAACAUAGGAAUAUGUUAUACAUAUAUGGAAUGAGCUGUCAGAGUACAUGUUUGUGGUAGGUACAAUAACAACUUUUAAAAGACAGACUGAUACGUGGAAAGGCAGAUAGAUAUGGGCAAAAUAUGGGAAAAUAGGACUCAAUUGGAUUGGCAUUUGGUUGGUCUAACUAGCAAAGUAAGCUGAGGGCGUUCUUAAUUGAGGUAUAUAAAAUAAAAAGUUUAGACAGAGGGUUUAUUUCUCUAGGAUUUAAAAAAAAGUGUAAUUGGUAGAAGGAUUUGGUGAGAGCUGAGAAUGCUUUUUCCUUUUUGGAGCAUGGUUUGGGUUUGGAGCUCGAUGCCUGAAAGAUGCAGAAGCCCUCAUCCAAUUUAAACAGUAUGUGGAUGUCUAUCUAAAGAGUCAUUGAUAGCAGAGUCAUGGAUUUAGUUAUGGAAAAUGAAAUGAGUAUAUUUUUAAAACUAGAACUUGCAGAAAGAGGCCAAUGGUCUGCUUCUGUGUUGUAAAUUUAUUCUACUAUUCUGGUGUACAAGACAUACUGAUCUAGGUGUUUUCGUGUUCACCAUUGUCCGUCACUCUUUAAUUGGGUUUAUUAAUUGACUGCAUUUAUAUUUUCUCCCCAAUGAUGGGUUGCAGCUUUUGUAACAGUAGGUUUAGCACCUGAAAAUGCAAGAAUUAUGCAUAUGAAGAUUUUGUAUGAGCAGUUGGUACAUGUUUGGACUUGCACUGUUUGUACUUUAUAAACCACAGCUUUUAUGGGAUGAGGAGGAAGAGGUAGAAGGUGUGUUGUCACUUGUCAUAAUUUUUUUUUAACUAAACUUUAGUUUAAAAUUCAAGCUACUUACGGUUAAAUAUUGCCGUUUGACUUUGAUUUUACAGACUUGCUGUUAGCAGUUAACAGUACUAUUGGUGCUAGUUGAUGAUAUGAUCAUUCAAGACACUUUGCUUUAAUGUGGUUUAAAAAGUCCCAUCAUGCUUUCCCAUUUCGAUAACCAAGAAUUUGAGGCUGCAUGAAUGGAAACGUUUAGUAAUGAACCUAAAGAUUUGUAAUAAUUCUGUGGGCUAUUUGUACCAGUUUUUUUUAAUUAUCCCGCUAAUAUCUGAAUGUGAAAAGUGGCAUUCUGUAGUGUUGUUGCUGCCAGUACUAUUAAGCAAAUUGUCAUAGGCAGAAUCAAAAAUGGUGAUGAAUCAGCAUAUAGGAGGGCGAUUGAAAAUCUGGCUGAGUGGUGUCAUAACAAUCUCUUAAUGUUAGUGAAGCCAAGGAGUAGAUUAUUAACUUUAGGAGGAGCAAACUAGAGGUCCAUGAGCCAGUCCUCAUUGGAGAAUCAGAGGUAGAAAGGGUCAACAACUUUAAAUUCCUCAGCAUUAGUAUUCAGCAACCAAGUGCAAUUAAGAAAAAAGCAUGGCAGCUCCUCUACUAGCCUUAGGAGUUUGUGAAGAUUCAGCAUGACAUUUAAAACUUUGGCAAAUUUCUGUAGAUCCUUAGUGGAGAGUAUAUUGGCUGGUAUGGAAACACCAAUGCACUUGAAUGGAAAAUCCUACAAAAAGCAGUGGCUAUGGCCUAAUUCAUCGUGGGUAAAAGCCCUCCCUACCAUUGAGUACAUCUACAUGAAAUGCUGUCGUAGGAAAGCAGCAUCAAGGACCAUCACCACCUGGGGUAUGCUGUCUUCAUGCUGCUCACAUCAGUUUGUAGAGGAAUCUAACAGUGAGGAUGAAGAAGAUGAUGAUGCUGAAGCUGCCCUGAAGAAGGAAGUUAGACAGAUCAACGCAUCGACACAGAAACAGCUCCGCCGAUUCCAGGCUUUGGACAGUGGUGCCAAUAACGUUGUCUUCAUCAGAACCCAUGACAUUGAACCAGACAAAUUAGUUCAUCACAUUUUGAAGGAUCUGCAUACAACUAAGAAGAAGAAAACCCGAGCUAUUUUGCGGAUGUUGCCAGUGUCAGGGUCAUGCAAGGCUUUCAUGGAGGAGAUCCCAAAGUACUUUGAGACUUUCUUGGAACCCUGGUUUAAAGUUCCCAAAAAAGCCACUUUCCAAAUUGUUUAUAAAGCUAGGAAUAACAGUCACAUGAACAGAGAUGAUGUCAUCAAGGCCCUAGCAGGAAUAGUGGUAAAUUUGAAUGCUGAAAACAAAGUGGAUCUUAGUUUUCCUGAAUACACCAUCAUUGUGGAGAUAAUCAAAGGCGUGUGCUGUGUCAGUGUAGUCCAGGACUAUGUACUUUUCCGUAAGUACAACCUGCAAGAGGUAACAAAAAGUGACACAGAAGAGAAAUCGAAAAGAAACACCUGUUCUCCCUCUGAGAAUGAUGGCUGUGUAAGUUCAAAAGAGCAGCUAGAAGAAAAGGAACUCACCAAGAAAGCUGAAGAAGAUGGAAAGGAAAUGGAGCCACCUUUUGUGGGUACAGGUGUGAUUCAAGGGGAGGAAAGUGGAGAACAAGGAGCUGGAAAGGAAACCAGCAUUUACAGCGAAAAUAACCAGUUUGAAUCGUAGUUUGCUGGAUUUGUGACUGUUGUACAAAUGUUUUUGUAAUUUUUGGACAGCAAAUCUUUUCUAAGUUACAUGUUUGCACCUGUUAAGUGUUUUGCAUCUGACUACUUCUUUGAAGUCUUCACACGUUAUAAAGGAGCAAGGAGGAAAGUUUAACUUUGCAAAGAUGAUAUGGUGGUUUAUCUCGUCUUCAGACCUGCUACAAGUUGUUCCUGUUUUAAAAAAAAACAGAUCUUCCUGCUUUCUUCAAAAUAGAUAUUUGGAUCAUUUAUUAAAUGGAAAUUGUUGAAGAUAGGUUUCAAUUAAAAUGUUGAUUUCA